AUGGACACCAGCGCAGAGAACAGUGGCUUGCCGUCUGCGGAUGGUUCUAUUGCUGCGGACGGAGAAAGUGAUCAUGGCAGCUCGAUUUCAUCCGAUGAGGUACUUGCAGACCAGCACCACCACCAUCAACAAGAACCGGAAGAACAGCAGCAGCAGCACCAACAUCAACAACACCAUUUUGCACUUGUGACUUGUACGGACCAGUGUCAGCCUGCACAGCCGCAACACUUACCACUGGGAACGUCCUCAAGCAUGCUGACUGUGAAUUCAGCAUCCACGUCAUCUCUGCCUCAGUUACCUUAUCAUUUGCACUCUGCCCAGGCUACUGCUGGUAGUGAUUUGGUCAACAGUGCACCGCCAACACCACCUGGACAGCCGUCUUAUAGCUAUGCCGCGUUCAGUGAAGUAUGCCAGGACAAUGCCGGAAAGGGUGACCUAGUAGUGGCAAGCCUAGGCAGUAGAGCAACAAGAAAUGAUCUCUUGUCUACAUGUUCCAUACAGACCUUCCCACAGCCGCCGCCACCACGACAGCCAGAAGCAGCAGCAGCAACAGAAGCAGCAGCUGUGCCAGCAGCUGUGCCAGAACUGACUCAAAACAGACAGCUUGUUCGGCAGCAACAUACUCACUUUCAAUACCCGGCAGCAUGUCAGCAGUUGCAGCAACAACCUCAUCAUCAACAUCCAGAUCAGCAGCUCCAGGGCCAGGAUCAUCAUCAGCAUAAUCAGCAUCAUCAGCAUCAGCAGCACCAGGAAUCACAUGACCAAUUGUUGAAUCUUUCAAUCCUAACUCUUUGA